AUGUCGAAUCUUGCAAAAGCAUCAGUACCAACACUUAGAGUAGUGACUCGUAAUGGUUCGUCCCAUGCUGGAGACUCAUUAGCUGCUUUCCGUGCUAUUAACCGUCUCGCUAGCGAAGGCAAAUGGGACAGCGUUAACAAUAUGCCUAAGAAGUUCCUUUUUGGAGCUGCCAAGAAGGAAGCUUAUGCUGCAUUCGGCGCUAUCAAUCAUAAGUCAGACUAUUUCUCGCAAUCGCCAUUCGGUCAAUACUUCAAAGCUGUUUGGAGAAUUGCUCUUCUCCUUGGAAUUGUCAAGGCUGGAGUUGUUUUAUACGAUACAGUGAUCCCAGAGGAAAAGAGACUUCAUUACAAAUACCGCAAGCAGCAUGGUCAUGGUCAUGAUCAUGAACACGCUCAUCAUUAG